GCCCUCUAGUUUUCUCACUUCAGUUGGCGGCCUGUUUUGCUUAUCGAGCUAGUUUUCCCCCCCGAAUAAACAUAAACAAGUAACCUCGGAAGCUUGUCCAUUUCGCUUGCGCUAUAAACUCGUUAAUGUUGCGCGGAUAUUUUCGCCUCGCCUUCUGAAGAUGCUCUGUUGCGAGGGAGAGCGGAACACAUUUGAAAAGGCCGGGUGAACGGAGCGGCAGCCGUCAGCCAAUCGGAAAUCCCUGAGUGGCAUCAAUGGAUGGUAAGGGAGGAUCUCUACCUGCAAUGCCUGAGCCAAAGACUCCGACCAGUAUGAAACAGUUAUCUGAUUCACCAUGUGGAUGUAAAGGACGGGGGGAUGGAAGCACAGAUCCUGCUCUUCUGAUGGAUAAGGCUGCUACUCAGCUAGCAGCCACACCUCAUGAUGGUGUUUUGCAGAAGAUUGGAAACCAUAACCACACUCACGAACAUCUGAAGGAUUUGACGUCUCGAUUCUUUAACGGUGAUCAGGAGACACUGUCAAAGUUCUGCCCAUCCCCACCUGGUUCGCCCCUUCUUAAAACGGUAGAGUCUGUAUCUCCGAAUGGUAGCCCACAAAGAAAGCCUGACUCCUCCCCUGAGCUCACAUUUAAAAUAACCAAACAUUUGCCCAACGGAAAAUCCCCACCUUCAAGCAGGUAUGAAGCUAGCUAUGGAGAAGAUGGCACAGAAGAAGCAAAUGCAGCUUUAUCAGAAGGCAUGCUGGCUCCUGCGAAUGCUGCAAAUGAAGGAGGCAAGUUGAGGGGUGCGGUGAAAAAAGUGCCACCAAGCAGACGGCACCCCAUCGACCCUGUUCUUAAUGGCUCUGAGAGAUCACCUUUCACUCACAUCAUCAUAGAACCAUGUGACGAGCCCAGUGAGUCAUAUGACCUUGCCCCUGACUCGGAUGUCCUGAUCUCUGAACCCAGUGAUGACACGGUCAUUAAGGUACCUACCUGUGUAACGUCAAAUGGCAUGCCUAUGUCACCUGCUGGUGAGGAAACUGGUAUUCAGAACGAGGGUGAUGUUGAAACAUCGCUACCAGAGGAGCAACCGCAUGUGCAGUUUUCGGCAGGAGAUAUUGUCUGGGCUAAAGUGUAUGGAUUCCCAUGGUGGCCGUGCAUGAUCACUACAGACCCAGAGUUCAACCUUCACUUCAGGCAAAAGGACAAUUGCAGAGGAUUAUUGUACCAUAUACAGUAUUUUGGUGACACAGCAGAGAGAGGAUAUGUUGCCGGGAAGAACUUGGUCAUAUUUUCUAAGAAAGAGCAGUAUGACACAUUGUGCCAUGGAAAUAAAAAGUCCUCUGUUCGCUCUGGUGGCAAGAAGCUGUCAAUUCCACGUAAGGUGCGGAUACCAUGGGAUACAGGCAUCUCCCAGGCAACAGAAGCAGUAGAUUUAACAAUAGAGGAGCGCCUAGCCAAGUUCAGCUUCACCUAUGAGGGCAACCAGCCGUGUUUCAACUCUCAAAUGCUGCAAGAACUUCAGUGCAAACAGAAACAACAACAGCAGAGUCAAAAAGAACUUCCAGAUACAGCUAGCCUUACUCCUCCAGACUCCACUCAGUCCAGUCCCAUUACCGUACAGACACCGAGCAACUCUUUCCAACCUACUCUCCCCCUUUCCAACAACAGCAGCACUUCAGCAAGGAAAAUGCCACUUGCUACUAAAGCACCUAAAGCCCCAGCCAGCAGGGGGCAAUGGAGCCUCAAGGAGCAGAAUGCUCUUUUCAAAAAGAGAAAGAAAGUUAUUCCUGUUGUAGUUCUUCCUCAUAUUGACACUGUUGUCCAGGAUACGUCCAUUGCUGCAGAUAAAGUAGAGACUAAUAGGAUGAAAAUGAAUAAAUCUGGAAUAUUCAGAAAAGAGUCAUCACUGAAACAGGAUGUCCUGUUUGCUGAAAUUGACCCUCAGCUGAAAGCAUCCCAGAAGAAACAGGGAAAACUUAAACAGAAGUUUCCAGCUGCUCCAAACUCCCUGAAAAGGAAGAAAAUUAAGGCAUCAGCUAUUAUUGCUGGAAGUCUGAACACAGAAUUACUAAAGCCAGUGGUUUUGGAUUCUGAAGUCAGCAAGAUGAAGAAAAAACUAAAAACGGAAAAGGCAGAUGCUGUCUUUAAAGUUAUGAAGAAGGCCUCAAAGCGUGCACUUGAAGAGCCCAAUGCGGAGGAGGACUCUCAACCCAGGAAAAAGGCCAAGCUUGCGGAUGGUGCAAAAUGGCGUAAAACGCUAAAGGCAAAGACACCUGAGCCAUGCAUCACCAUACAAGGGAAAAAGAGACAAAAAUCUGCAGUCACUGAGAAAAGAAAGAAGCUUAAGGCACCAGUCUCAGUGGGGACUAAAUACAAGGGCAGAUGGGUUAGGAAGAUUGAGCCUAGCGAUCAGCCGCUAUCACUUUCAUCUAAGAAGCACGGCUCAUCAAACCAGACUUUGUACCAGGAGAGACCGGAUUCUCCUACUGAUGACACUCAUGCUACAAGGAAGGCAGAGCGUACAGUCAGUAAUAAAAAAGAGAGUGUGUGUCAGAUUUGUGAAAAGACAAGUGAGGACCUGGUGACGUGUGAAGGACAAUGCUAUGGUUCGUACCACCUGCAGUGUAUAGGUCUGGAGCAACCAUCAGAAAAGGUGCUCUGUACUGCCUGCCGCACAGGAGUCCAUGCAUGUUUUACUUGUAAGAAGUCUGAAGGGGAGGUGAAACGUUGCAGUGUCCUACACUGUGGUCGGUUCUACCAUGAGGCAUGUCUGCGGUUAAGUGCUUUGACUGUAUUCGAUAACCGAGGAUUCCGCUGCCCGCUCCACAUUUGCCUCAGCUGUCACUGCAGUGGCCGUGGCACAGCAAAAGCCACCAAAGGGAAAAUGAUUCGUUGCCUGCGCUGCCCAGUGGCGUACCACACCGGAGACCUGUGCAUAGCAGCUGGAAGUGAGAUGCUGAAUCCUACUACUAUGUUAUGUACAAACCACUUCAACCCUAAGAAGGGCUACAGACAUCAUACACAUGUCAAUGUCAGCUGGUGUUUCAUCUGCUCCAAUGGUGGCAGACUCCUGUGCUGUGAAUCGUGUCCAGCUGCCUUUCACCCUGACUGUUUAAAUAUCACCAUGCCUGAUGGCAGCUGGUUCUGUUAUGACUGCCGCUCAGGCAAAAAGCCAAAGUACAGAGACAUUAUCUGGGUCAAACUGGGCAAUUACAGAUGGUGGCCAGCAGAAAUUCGUCACCCCAGGAACAUCCCUACAAAUAUCCAGCAUCUACGUCAUGAGAUUGGAGAAUUCCCUGUUUACUUUUUUGGAUCAAAAGAUUACUACUGGACCCACCAGGGCCGGGUGUUCCCUUAUAUGGAGGGAGACAGAGCGAGCAGACACCAGAAGACUGGCAUUGGGAAAGUCUUUAAGAAUGCUGUGGUUGAAGCUGAGGCUCGGUUUAACCAUAUCAAAAUGGAGAGGGAAGCUAAGGAAGCUCAGGAGAAGAACAAGAAACCUCCUCCAUACAAAUAUAUUAAGGUCAACAAACCAGUUGGGCGUGUGCAGAUUUACACAGCCGACAUCUCGGAGAUCCCCAAAUGCAACUGUAAGCCAAGUGACGAGCGGCCAUGCAGUUUUGAAUCGGAGUGUCUGAAUCGCAUGCUAUUGUACGAGUGUCACCCUCAGGUGUGUCCAGCUGCAGACCGCUGCAUGAACCAGGAUUUCACCAAGCGCCUCUACCCCGAGACCAAGAUCAUCCGCACGGCCGGGAAGGGCUGGGGUCUCAUUUCUCUCCGAGACAUCAAAAAGGGAGAGUUUGUCAAUGAGUAUGUGGGUGAGCUAAUUGAUGAGGAGGAGUGCAGAGCCAGGAUCAAAUAUGCCCAGGAAAAUGACAUCACACAUUUCUACAUGCUCACCAUUGACAAGGACCGGAUCAUUGAUGCAGGCCCUAAAGGGAACUACUCCCGGUUUAUGAACCAUAGCUGCCAGCCCAACUGUGAGACUCAGAAGUGGACUGUGAAUGGAGAUACGCGUGUAGGCCUGUUCGCUGUGUGCGAUAUUCCAGCAGGCACAGAGUUGACUUUUAAUUAUAAUCUGGAUUGUCUCGGAAAUGAGAAGACUAUUUGUCGUUGUGGUGCACCCAACUGCAGUGGCUUCCUAGGGGAUCGACCGAAGAUCACUCCCACUUCUGAGCCUAAAGCCAAGCUCCAGAAGAAAAAGCCCAAGCGGCGGCGCGCUCGAAGUGAAGGAAAAAAGCAGUCUGAGGAUGAGUGUUUCCGUUGUGGUGAUGGAGGACAGUUGGUAUUGUGUGACCGCAAGGGCUGCACCAAAGCUUACCACUUAUCUUGCCUGGAUCUAACUAAGAGACCGUUCGGUCGCUGGGAUUGCCCCUGGCACCACUGUGACGUGUGUGGCAAACCAUCUGAUGCUUUCUGUCAGCUGUGCCCCAACUCCUUCUGUAAGACCCAUAAGGAGGGCACGCUGAGACCUCAUCCCAUCAGCAGCCAGCUGUGCUGCCAAGAGCAUGAUGACUCCGACAUGCAGUCAAACAUGGCAGUCACCCUGAAGUCCGAUCUCACCACUAAAUCCAGCAAACGCGGCCGCAGACCUGUAGCCCAGGGCAGCGCCGACGCUGGAGCCAAGAAGCGCUCCAGGAAACCGUGUAACAAGCAGCAGAAGGGUCGAGCCUGUGAAAGCGUUCCUCCUCUUUCGUCCCUCCCCUCCGUGCCUCACCCAUGAUUCAGUGGCAUUGAUAUAAACGUGACUGAUUUCCCAAACUGAAAGCACUGUGUCUGAUCAGGGAAGUAUCUGAACACUGUAGAGCUCAGUGAAGCUGCCACAUCAGGUUCCGCCACAUCAGGUUCCACCUCCUCACUCAACCUCUCACUCGGAACCAAGUGCGGGAGCCACCACACCAAACCGCCUCAUUACUACACAGCAUUAUGGAGGCCAGACUUGAAUUAUUAUUUUUUUUGUACACCUGUUUUAAUCUUUAAGAUAGAUUAUUUUUGUUUUAUUUUUAACAGUAGAUAUGUAUAUGGAAAUGUAUAUGACAGACCAAAAUUAUAAUAAUACUGGAAUUACUGAUAGUAAGUUCGAUAAUGUGUAGGCUUUUUUUUUUUCUUUUUGUUUUACACAACAGCCUGUUGUACCGUUAAAUGUAAGACACUAUGGAUAGCCCUUGAAUUGUUUUUAUAGUUAAUAUAGAGUGCAUUUAACUAUAGAGCAGGACAUUUUUAGCACAUUUGUUAGCUCAUUUUUUUGAGUUUCUGUAACAUGCUAGAAUGUUAAGAGUCUCUGUAAAGUCUACCUAUUCAGAGUUUAAAAAAGGCACAGUAAAUUGAGUCAGGGCGCUUUUUGUGAGGUUUGGGUGAAAUAAAGCUUUUAAAAAUA